AUGAAUUUUAAGCUCGCAGCCUUUGUCGCAACAUGUGUUGUGCAUUCCUCAACUUCCAAAAGACAUAAGGUGUCCAAAUGGUAUCCCUACUCCCUUAAUUUUGCAUUUGUUUUGUAUUUGUAUGCGAAUCACUAUCAGCUCUGCCUGGCUUUAAAAGGUUAUGAGGUAGAGCGGAAUCAUGGCAAGCAACCAAACGCUUCUCGACUCGAAAUACUAGCCGCGAGAGUUUUUUUUCGAGCGUAUGACGCUCAGCACAAAAAAGUUCUCGGCCACAUUGAGAUGAUGCCAGAUAGAACGAUGGCACAAACGAUUGCAGAGUGGAAGACUGCUGAUACCAAGGCGCUAGCUAAAUCCACGUGA